AUGUGUGGUAUCCUUUUACGAGUUUCCAGUAGUAGUUGCCAUAGCCCAAAGGGCAUCGAACUAACAGAUUCAAAGGGAGACAUCUGCUGUCGAAAAUGGGAAGCCACAGAUCAACAAACUAUUGAGUUGUUCUUGCAAGAAGGAUCCCUUGUGGAUGAUUUAACCCAUCAACAACGAGCCAAAGUCGAAAACUUGGAUGUGUUGCGUUUGCUAGUUGGUCAACUAAGCAAGGUUAAAAACAACGUAAAAAUUGAUGCAUUGGAGAAGGAGCAGCAGAUUCAGGCAAUAGAGAAUCAAAUUAGUAUCAUAGGCAAGGAGGACGACGUACCGAUGAGGAGCUUCGAUUUUGAUAGAAUGAUGAGCAUUGUUGCCAACAGGGGACCAAAUUAUCUCAACUUUACUCAGUUUGAAAGUGGAAGCAAACAUAUUCAAUUGUUUACCUCGAUACUAUCCCUACGUCAACCAUUCACAAAACAACCUGUUUGCAGAGACGAAUUUGUGCUACAGUUCAACGGUGAGUUAUAUAAUGAAGAGUGUCUUGAUGGUAAUGAUACACAGUUUAUAAUGGACAAAUUGCAUUCAAGACUUGGAUCAAGUAGACGUGAAACUAUUUUGAGUACCUUGAGACAACUUAAAGGAGAAUGGGCAAUCACUGUAAUUGAUUUGGUGGAGAGCAAAGUCUAUUUUGGCCGAGACUCGAUUGGUAAGCGAUCUUUAUGUUACAGGGUUGACAAAGAUGAGCUUGUUGUCAGUUCAAACUCCGCUUUGGGGUUCAAAGAGUGUCGAAACGAGAUUUACGUUUACGAUUUGGGACUGGAGGAGAUAGAGAUGUACAGGUUACUCGAACUACCAAACUUUCACAAUUUAGAAGUAAAGGAAGAGGAUGUUUUGCAUGAGUUGAAUCUCAGAUUGAAGGAGGCGGUAACAAUACGAAAUAACACGAUACAUCCGGUGGAGAACCCAAACGAUACCUCCUUGGCUGUAUUGUUUAGCGGAGGGCUCGACUGCACGAUACUUGCCAGGUUCCUUUGCGAAAUAACGAGAUCAUCAAUUGAUCUUUUAACUGUUGGAUUUGAAAACCCACGUACCGGCCAAACUCCUGACACAAGUCCUGAUAGAAAACUAGCAACCAAGUCCUGGCUCCACCUAUGCAAAACGUUCCCACACUUGACAAUAAACUUGGUGGAGAUUGACGUUGAUUACCAGCACUGGCUCCGACACAAGAACCGAGUGAGGGAACUUAUGUACCCUUGCAACACGGAGAUGGACUUGUCCAUUGCCAUUGCGUUCUACUUUGCUGCUUCUAAUUUACCCCAUCUCGCGUCAAUGAGGAGACUCACAAAGCUCGAUAUUGAUUGGGAGACAUAUAUCCAAAACCCUAGCGCAUAUUCCGAACUCAAGCCAAAUUAUGUUUCCUCAACAAAGGUGCUAUUCAGUGGCUUAGGAGCUGACGAAUUGUUUGCUGGAUAUUCCAGACACGAAGGGUUGUUUAAUAGGAUCACAAGUGCAAGUUAUACCGAAUUGCAGGAGCUGUUGGCGUAUGACAUUAGAGUCAUUCAUGAGAGAAAUCUUGGUCGUGAUGAUAGGGUCAUGAGCUGUUGGGGUAAGGAGCUUCGAUAUCCAUAUCUAGACGAAUCUUUUAUCAAAUGGGUUUUUUCCAAUGUGCCACCACAACUAAAGUUUAAGUAUGAGAUUGGCAAGAACAAGCGUGGCAAGGAGCAAAUCAUACCUACAAGAAAGUACAUCUUGCGUCAGUUGGCUGAGUUACUUGGAAUGUCAUGGGUAUCACAAGAGUUGAAAAGAGCAAUCCAAUUUGGAGCCAAAAGUGCCAAGUUAGAACUUGGUCAGAACAAGGCAAAAGGAACAGAUACUUUGUAA